CAUCCAUCAAUGAGAACGAUUUGUUCUCAUAACAUCACUGGUUGGAUUUGGCCUGUCGUCGAUUCUUUGUUAACUGUAUUCAAUCAGUUGGAACUAUCUGGUCUGUUCACUUUAAAUGUUUUCUCUAGGAGGAGGCUGUGCUGAGCUAGUUUAGGAAAUCCGCGCACCCAUUUGGACGUAUGCUGUGUCUCUGUGGUCUAUGUUGCAGGACAAUCAACUUCUUUAAAGUCAGGAAGCCAACGGUCUAAGAAUUGAAACUCUAAAAGGUCUUCCCUGUUUAUGGUUCUGAGGGGUAAACUGGAUGUUUCAUACACCUGUAGCUCAAGGAUUGAAAGGAUAUACAGGGAAUCGAUACACUGCAUUUCCAAUCAAGGACUUUAGUAUUAUGAGAACCAGAGGAAAUUGGUUAUAAAUGUUGCAAAAUCCAGAAUAACUGUUCAUUUCAUGCUAGCUGUGACAUGCAUUUCCUUCACCUUUGCUCAAUCUUCUGAAGUAUAAACUGUAGAAACGAAUUGAUUGUUUCCAGAACUUGAAAUCUAAAUUAAAGCAAAACUCGGUGCGGCUAUUAAUACAAAUAUUGAUUCAAUGAAAAUUGACCUCUAUAGUAUCUCCAGGAGUUCUAUUGAUUUUCAACAGGAAUAAUCAGCUUAUUUUCAAAAUAUCAUCAAAAGUUUUAAAAGCUACAGGUCCUACUCACAAGUCGAUGGUGUCAUUUGAACUUGGCAUUUGAUUCUAAACUGUAGCUCCAUCGAUUCCGGGCACAUAAGGGUAUUGGUUGGACCUGUGCCAUCUUGAAAGAGCAGACAUUUUCUGAGCCGUCAUUAAUUUAAGCAGAUUAUUGGAUGGUCCUCUUGAUUGAUACUUAUUGCGAUCUUGCCAUUAGGACGUCACAGGAGAGCAACGAUAUCAGAGAGUUAUUUCGAUCCUACAGCACUUUGUAAAUUUCAGACUGUGAGGAAUAUUCAGCAGAAAAACAUUUCGAUUCUUUCAUGUUGUAAUAUCGCCAUUGGAAGUUAGGUCACAACCUGCCAGGUUGUUUUGUGACGUCUUGAAGACACGUCUGAUUUAACUAAUCUUGUUUUUGGCCCUUUUCGUAUCGUAGCUGGAAAACUCAAAAAAAAGUGUUAGCACUACUGCUAAAAACCUGACUCGAAUAGACUAAACCAUCAACCACUGUAGAAAACUUAACGAUAUAGUCACAGUGAAACUCAAAUUACAUUAGCGGACGUGGCACUGGCAGGAAAAUUCCAACAAUUUAAUUAGAAACACGACUACCCUUCACACUCGGGUGUUAUACAUUUACUCUGAUCAUCUAUAAAGCAAUACUCAACUUCAUCUCAUGUGCAUUCUCCAGGAUAUAGUUUGUAAAGUAUUAGUUCGUUCACCUUCCAAAGAUAAAUUCUUCCUGAUGUAAUUAGCGGGAGCAUCAAAUUGCAAUCUGCCAUAAUUAGUAUUACCAUUCAGUGGAUUGUUACACAAGUUAAUUGCUGCAAAUAGAGAACAAGCGAAUGAAUCCUCGCCAACUUCAUUUCAAUUACAACACUGGAUUACAUUAAUAUCAUAAUUUCAAAUAACGUGGAUUGUGUUACAUGUAGGUCGUUUUCUGGAUUAUUGCUGCUCUAUCGUCACUUGAUUAGUUUCUCGUUAAGAUUUGUGUCCUGAAAUCAGAAGUGUUACACUGAAUGUUCUUCUAAAAUAUUCGGCAGAUUACUUGACUUGGCAAGACACGUGGUGCUAUUCUUGCGUACUAUAAGUAUAAAUUGGGUACAAGCAAGGCUCACAUUUUCGCUUGAUAGAAACUGUGAGAUAGCACCUCUGAUGAUUCCUCUGAACAGAAAUUGGUUCAGUUAACUAGGCAUCUUUUGUGGUAAUUCAACAUAAGAACGGAUUUCUUGCUCUGAAGAAGGAGUAACAAGGUGCUGAUACGUGCUAUAAUAAGAUUAUAACUGAGGAUAUCAUCACAGAUUUGCACCUUUUCUAUAGGAUCAGGAACCAUAGCGAAAGGAAAGAAUACCACCAACAGGUUAACCACUUGAAUCAGGUGGCAAAAAGGAUAACGCUAACUUGUUAUUGGCCUUCAUACCUAGGCCUAUUUGCUUGAAACAAAUAAAGGAAUUAGGGGAGCAUAUUUUGGAUUAUUGGCCUACGUCUGUGCCUUUGCUGCAGGCAUAGCAGAGUGCAACAUCUGAUCACCUGGAUGCAUUAACCGGAUAAUGCAUUGUGUGGCUGUUGUCUAAGGAGAUGUGAUGUUCUACGUUACAAGAGCUGCGUAGAUCCGUGGUCGAUGCAUUUGGCUGAGUCUUGCCCUAUUCGUCAGUGUAUUCUCUAUACUACCUUCAUGUUCCGAAUGAAGCUCCAGAGGCUUCUACCGAAGUAUUUCAGCAAGCAGCUCGGCAUUGGAAAAAAGGAAGAUCAUGACCUCGAUGAUCUUGAGAUGCAGGUGGUGCGGUACAAGCCGGAGGGGCUUGAGCAACUCUGCCGCAACACCAAGUUCUCCAAGAAAGAGUUACAGAUUAUGUACAGAGGCUUUAAGCAGGAAUGUCCUACAGGGAUAGUGGACGAGGAAACAUUCAAAGAAAUUUAUUCCCAAUUUUUCCCGCAGGGAGGUAAAUUCACUGGGAACUCAGGUCCAUAUAUGCUUAAGAAACAUCAUAAAGACGCCUCCACAUAUGCUCACUAUGUCUUCAACACAUUUGAUAAAGACAACAAUGGUACAAUAAAUUUUGAGGAAUUUGUGAUGGGUUUAUCAGUAUUAUCACGAGGGUCGCUACACGAGAAGUUGCAAUGGGCCUUCGACCUGUAUGACAUUAAUGGCGAUGGGAUUAUUACAAAAGACGAGAUGUUAGACAUAGUGUCAGCGAUUUAUGACAUGAUGGGUAGAUUUGCGGAGCCGUGUGUGGAUGAGACGACGGCAAGGGAUCAUGUGGAUCGGGUAUUUCAGAAAAUGGACCUGAAUCAAGAUGGUGUGAUAUCAAUGGAUGAGUUCAUGGACACAUGCAGAAGGAAUAUAUUGGAAAAUGAAAAGAUUAACCAAGAAGCGAAUCCUGACAAAUCAAUAACAGAAUCGAUGGCAAUGUUUGACACAGUACUUUGACAUUUGGAGGAAGACCCUCCACCGAGCAGCAUCAGCAACAGAAUAGCCCAGGUACUGCGUACCCAAGGAGAAUUCACAGACACUGUGCCACUUAUCCAGCCGAUGGAGCAGCUAACCCACCUUACAGGACCUAGAGACACUGUGCCCAUCAUUCAGCUUGGUUCCGAGAUACCUUGUGUGAGGGCCGGGCCGUCUGGCUGUGGUGCAUCAGUACGCUUGAUCUACUGAAAUGGUUCAAGUGAAAUUACCAUCAAGGUGCUUUUCAUAUGGAUUUUUGCAACAGGACUGUUCAGUAUGUAAAAGUGGAGGGACUUCUUGGUACAGCUGUCAAAUGCAAAUAGCUAUUGCAAGAGGACUGUUAAAUGCAAAUGGCUUUUGCAAAAGGACUGUUAAAGUGCAAAAUGCAAGUGGAGCAAACCCCAAACAGUUGAAAUGACACCUUUCAUCCAUCCCCAGGUGAUGUAAAAUGGCGAGUGAGCGAAAUGGUACAGCUUUUUUGUGCAGAGGAAGAUUUUUAAACAAAUUUGGUCUUGUGGCAUAACACUUCUAUGUUGGUUUGUAAAUGAAAUCUGUAUCUAAUUUAUAUAAAUUUCGUCUUCGUUUUGUUUUUCCAAUCACGUUCUAUCAAAUUGGGAAAAGAGAAGAGAGUGGGCUUUUUUGGUGGAUGAGUAUGGGACCCAAUCAGAGAGAAGGAAAGUUUGACUUGAACGAACUUCAGCAGAGGACACAAAUACCAAAGUUCAUUGCCACGGCAACAGGUGUAAUUCCAAACCAUGAGAAUUUCAAUGUCUUUUUUCUCCGAGGUGAAUCUGCAAACGAGGAUUUGCAUCAACUUGAGUGACAAUUUUAAAAGACUGUGUAUAUAGAGGUGUAUAUUAUAUGCAUUGGAACAAGUUUAAGUUUGUGCACUUAUUGUGUUCAAGUUGGUUCAGACUAUUAUCAAUCUAUGCUCAAACUCUUCAAGCCUGACUCAUUUUCAUAAGAGAUGGGGAUUCUUAAUCUAGUUGAAAUAUUAUGCAGCCCGUACGUGUUAUCAUAACUGGUGAGCCUUCAUCUGCAAAAUGAUACAUUGUACAUAUAUGGAUGACCUUGAACUUUUGGACGAGAUGGCAUUUGAAGAUUUCCACAAGUUAUGUUCUGGGUUGACAUUGAUAUAGGAUAUUCUUGAUAGCUUCAAGAAUGAAUCGACCUCCUAAUAUCAUCUGGUUUCUGCCAUUGAAAAUGCUAUGUUUUCAAUUCAGGGUUGUAAAAGUUCUGUGGGACUGUUUAAUGACAGCAAAUGAUGUGCUGCAAAUUUCGAGAUGUAAAUAUAUCUUUCACUGCGAACCCGGAAAUUUUGUAUGCCAUGUGUCCACGUUUGCAGUUAAUUGCAAGAAUACCAUACUACCAAAAAGGAAAAUUGAUCAAAAUCAUUGUUACAGGGUUGUCGGAAGCGCUAAAUCAAAGGUACGCCAAUUUCACAAAAUGGCCUAAUAGUAAUGGGCUGGGUUAGAAUAUUUCCGGGUUCGCAGUAUUUCGUGAAAUGUAAAUAGAAAAAUGUUUGGGAUCGUUUCCUCCAUGCAUACGACACAAUUAGUUUUUUAUGAAUUUAAAGAUGUUUCAAAUACGUUAAGUCUGUAUGACUAAGUGUUUAGUUUGUGUGUUGACGUGGCAAGCGAUGUGAAAACCCAGUACCUGUGAGUAUGUGUUAGACCUCGCACCUGUGAGCUGCAAUUCUGCAUGGCUGCUGUAGUAGUUAAAACAUGUUUGCAAUUCUAAGUCAUUAUGUAUUCUUCGAAUAAAUGUCAAACAGGAUAACGAAUUGAUAUGAUAUUUCCAUGUGGUUCUUUAAACUGCAGUGGUUUAAUUCAUCAAGACAUUGCUUAAGCAGCAGGUGAUUUUCAGCGAGUGGUUGAUAUUUUUUAUUUCAUUGUUAACAUUUUUAUUAAGUUUUCUACAUUUUGUAACAGUAGUGGUUUAGGUUUGGUUGAUCAUGUUGAUAGGAAAAAAGGCACAUAGAUAGUUGUGUCAGGUUUUCACAUACAGUGUUUCCUUAAUUUACCAAAUUUACCAAUCAGUCAAGAAGAAGAAGCUGGGAACAUUACGUUGCAAGCAUCUCAAUUAAUGAAAUUUAAAUGAAUUUUUAGAGAACACUAUUGUGUAUGUUGCCUUUGAAGACUUUAAUAGAUAAAUUCGGUUGUCACAAUGAUUGGCUGUUGCCCUUUUCACAGAUCUUAGAAAUGCAUUAGAGAGGGGGAAUGGUCUUAUUGGGGAUCAAAACGGGCACUUUAUCAGAGCAUGAUUUGAGAUGAGAAGUGGCUUACGUAGGGAUUCAGUGAAAAUUGGUUCAUCGGGGAUCCGGAUGGGCAAAUGCGUGCUUUUCCUCUAAUAGUUGUUGAUAAAUCUGGUUUAAUUGCACCGACUUCUCCAUAGCUUUGCAGUUGCUUUGGACCGACGCGACCGUCAGAGUACGGUUUCUAUUUUGUCGCAACUUUUUCAGCGGCUAUUCUUCUCAAUCAAAAUGUACGACUGUUUUUCUACUCUCUUGUCUCUCUAAUCAUCACCUUGUACAUGCUUUGACUUGUGCAUUUGGAAACUUUUAUAUAAAAUCAUCUGAAGCACAAAUGUUCUAAGUUCACAUUGUAAAUGUUGUUGACAUUUAAUAAAAAGAGAGUUUUUAAAAGCUAAGUAUAACGUAGUGACAUAGUGGCGUUUCCAUUGGUACUUGUUGAGAAGCCAUGUUUGUGUAGACUUGGUUUGUCCACGAUUUGAUAUGUGGUAAUUUGUUCGGGCAACCAUUUUGUCCCUGGUGACUUGCUGUCUUGAUCUUCUUCAAAUUCGCUGGUUUGUUUAUAUACCAUACCUCCAUAGUCAGGGCUAGGGCCAUCCUGACCCUCAAUGUAUUGACAAUCCAGGCGGAGGCUAUGGAGGCAAACCGCUGUAAGUUCUGUAUGGUCUAGGACCGGCGUAGAAGGAAGUAGGCCUACUUUUGCUAAUCACAUGUCGUCCAGAGAUGAAAAUACAGCAAGGGCAUGCUGUGUCAUUUAUUUCUGUUUACCAUGCUUCAACUGUGUAGUGUUUUUUCAUCAGUAAACGCCUGCGCCAAGUAUUUGGCGAAGACAUACAUCCUUCUACGUAGGUUCAGAUUGUGUAACGGAGCACUCACUUUUAAUGAAUAUGGCUGCAAUUUGUAUGUUUGGUUACGAUUUUAGAUUGGCUGUCAUUAUCCCAGGGAAACAUUUCUUAAAAGUAGGCUCAGGUGAUCAGUUAUUUUGCUCCCUGAUUUAUUCAAAAUAUUGUCUAUCAAUCGUGUAUCUCUUUAAGCAGUGCAGUGUAUGCAUUAGUUAGUUAAGUGCACUACAUUUAAAUUAGCAGUGUGCGCAGUUGCUCACUCGGCAUAAGCAGUAGGCUAAACAUUUGUUUUUGGAGGAUUCAUUUCGGAAGAUCUUCUGGGUUGUGACUUCCUUUUAAAUUCAGGGUUUAACAUGCAAGCACUGUACAUAAGACUACUGAGUUAUCUAUUUCCUGGUACCAUUGUUAAACAAAUCCUUUGUUCUCAUUGUUAAUCUGUCAAUUGUACAUGGCCCCAAAAACGGUCCUGACAAAGAAAUAACUGGUAAAACCUUCUUGAUAUUGACAAGGCCAUUUAUUGGAGAUCCCUCAAUCAAUGCUUUCAUACAGUACAAUUGUUUAAUAAUUGAAUCGGGGAUAUUCACACAUCAAUUGUUUUUUUCUCUAAAUUUUUUCUGUAAAUGGUUUUUGUCCAUAAUGGGAUAACUAAUCCUGUUAUCAAUGUCAAAUGUAAAUAAUCAAGAAAUAGCCUGUGAUGGUUCUGAUGGAGAUGUGUGUUUUGAAAUUGUUAAAAGUCAAAUUUGUGAGGGACAUUUGGCUCUAUUCCUAUGUGAAAAUGUAUUGAUUUCAAGAAUGAGACCACAUCUCAAGGUAAUUGCCUACGCCACACCAUUGUACAUGUAUGUCAACUCCUAUGGCCAUCUUCGAUAUAAUUUGUUGUAAUUUUCACUUGGAAAGAGCCCCUCACAUUGAUAGAGAGGUUUAGCAACAUCAAUAUUGAAUUGCAAGUUUGGUUACGAAGCCUCUCUAUAUGAAUAAGCCAGGCUUUGUUCCUGUCUGACAAAACAAAUCAAGUUACUGAGUUGAUGUUUCACGGAUUAUUCCUCCGUGAUUGGGUUGGUGUAACACCUAUCUCUUGCCUUUAUCUCUGUAUAUAUAGCAAGGCUCUCGCAGUGGUGUAACUCAGUAAUAUCACUCAAUCAAUUGGUGAUCAAAUGGAUUUCUUCAAUAAAAACAUAUACAUGUACAUGCGAA